AAAGAUCCAACGGAACUCUUGUUGCCAGUGUCAUUAUGCAGGAUGACACAGAGGAUCUGUUUGAGACUCCCUGCAAGUCCAAGCUCAUUGACAUAGUUUAUGUCAAGAGCCCCAUGGACAAAGCCAAGAGAUGUCUGUUGCAGCACAAAGACUUGCAUAGAAAAGCAGUAUGCCUUCCAUAUGCUGAAGGGUUUGCAGUAUUCCCCCUUCUCCACAAUAUGGAAUGAUUUGCUUUAGUGGUGAUUGUGGUGACUCUGAAUAUGGAUAAAAGAGUAAGGAAAAAAAGAGUAUUUAAAGAUUUUAUCCAAAAUGAUUCCCCUGAUGAAGACGCUGGUUGCUCACAAGGAGCUCACGACAAGAUUAGAAAGGAUAAAGCAAAUCCUUCAUACACAUCAACACAGAGAACCAGCCUGCCGGAGCCACCAAAAAAACUGAAAAGAAUUAACAACCCAUCACCGCUGACUCCACCAUGCACAUCAUCUCAGAGAAACAGUAUGCCAGAGCCAGCCAAGAAAAAUCAGAUUAAAAACCCGUCACCUCCCAUCCAACACGCAGCAUCUACGAGAAAAACUCUGCCAGAGCCACCCAAGAAAUUACAGAGAAACAAGCCAUCACCUCCUACACCAACAUACAAAUCAACUCAGGAAAAACGUCUGCCAGAGCCAGGAGAAACACUCCACUAUGAGACGGGGAUGAAUGUUUCAAUCCCAUAG